UGAUCUGAAACAAACAAACAAACAAAACCAUUUUAUAAAAAAUACUGAGCUGAGAGCUAAAUUCUCCUCAGAUGUACAUGUGCAUCUGGUGACUUCAGAGGGAGUUCUGCACAAGUCUGAGGUAAGAAUUUGGCCCUGAAUUUGUGUGCAGUACAAUAAUUUUAAUUAGAUGUAAUCUGAGGAGGAAGUUGGCGCACGAUGGAAAAGCAAUACCCACCAACUAUCACACUUUUAGCUCAUUGACUGUACAUAUUUUAAAAAGAAAAGAAGUGAUCAUAAAACAACACAAUACUUUGUGUAUUCUAAUUGAAAUGUUCAGUCAGUCUCUAAUCAAUUUUUUUUAUGUUUAAUUGUAUAAAAAAACCUGCUUAACAUUUUUUCUAAAUUUCAAAGUUCUUCCAUCAGAAUUGACUCUGGGUACAUGUAAAACAUAGUUUUCAAAGCUAGCCAGUACAUGUGUAUUAAACAACACAGCUCACAAUAAUCCCUUUGUCAAAAGCUUGAGAAAGGAGAUGGCCUUUGCAUUUGGAUCCAGGGGUUAACAAACUCAGUCUUUGCCAGGCCAAUAGAGUAAGCAAACUAAAAUAUGCACCAACUCCUGCUCUCAACUUGACUCAAACAACUUCUCAGUGAAUAAAUGGCAAUCUUUAAUUAAACAUACUAUGGCCUCUUUAUUUUAAGUCAAUGGAAAUAAUAAUAUGUGAGUGAGGCAAGCAAGAUUUGGGGCAAAAUUCUCAAAAACACUUAUUGAUUUAGGCACCUAAGUCCCAUUGGUUUUCAAGUCAGUUUGGUGCUUUUGAGAAUCUUACCUUUUCCCUAUAUUACUGCAGAUUUGGAGUGCAAUAAUCAUGUAGGCUAGGUUCAAAUGAGGCCUCACUGUUUACUUACUCCACUGGCUAACUACUGUAGCCACUAAAAAAGGCCAUAGGUGUUAAAAAAAAAAAAAUCCUCCAGACUAUUCAAGACCAGAUGGAACACUCUAAUGAUACCACACUUUAUCCUAAUGUCUUCUUCAAUGAUAAUACAACAUUACAUCAACACAUUUCAUUGUGAAUACCAUGCACUGACAAAAUCCAUCAAAAUCACCCAGUUUUGGGUCAAUGAACAGGGUCUGCUAAGAUAUCCCUCUCAAUGUCAUUCACAGAGAUUUUAAAGAAAGAGGGAACCCUUUAUGAUCAUCUAGCCUGACUUCCUGUAUAACUCAGGCCAAAGAGCCUCACCUAAUAAUUUCUGCAUCAAACCCAUACUUUCUGUUUGAGCUAGAGUAUAGUAUUACAUGCAAAUAGUAAGGACAUUAUUUACUGUUCAUGUUCUUAAAACAUCAAUAUUUUAGCUGUAUUUUUGACAUACCAAAAAUGAUCAGACCAUAAAUGUUCAAGUUAAAAAAUGAUAUUGGGAACAGAAACCAGCAUUCAAACUAGAAGAGAAAUAUUUAUUUAUUUUCUUCUAACUUACAACUAGCCAGAGAAUCGCACUGAAUUCUAGCUGGAUUAAAAAAAAAUAGUGCUGUUUGUAUAAGAAUUUUGGAGCUAAAUUAGGAGUUCCUCAGAAGUGGAAAUGUUAAAUGUAUGUAAAGAGAAAAUGUAGAAUCAAGGUUAACUUCAGAACCAUAAAUAGAAUUCCGAAUGAUUAGCUUUCAUUUCAUGAAGUUUAUGUUUAUAUUGUAUUGUGGCAAGUGUUUUAAACUAGAAUACUGUUCAAAAUAAAGAAUAAAAUCAAAAGCUUCCUUAAAAUUAAAAUGUGUGUACCUGGGAUUAUGAAGCUGAAGGCUUCGAGUUUUCCCGUCCAUUAGAUGCAAAAUUUGCUUCGCAUUCCUUGCAGAUAUGACGACAGUGCCUAAAAUCAGGAGGAAAAUAGAGCAUUCAAGAUUUUUGCUCAUAUUUCUCUAACACAGCUGUCAUCUUUGUGUCAUAUAUUGGAUGGGUGUUCAGGAAGCCAGAGAAGAGGAGGCUGCAUUGAUUAUGGCAGAGAAUGAUGAACUGUAGGGAUAUGAAGAUGUGGUGCAGGAAAAAGCUGCAGUAUUUGGAUACGUACAUCUUGGACGUAUGGAGCAAAGGAGACUCCAAAGGCUACAUUUCCUGGUCACUCUACCAUGCCCUUCCACCCAUGAUAUAUUACUUUCCUCUACAAAUAUUGGCACUUAGUGGUUUGGAAGCUUUUGCUGUUGCUUUCUUUUCUCCAGUAUUAUUAAUAAUCAGUCCUUUAUGGAAACUGGCGAACAACAAGUACAUUCUAGCUCUGCUAAGGCUGACUAUGGUUGGAAGUGUAGCUUCAUACCAAGCUCCAAAUGCUACACUCCGAAUACUGAUCUUGGCUCCAGGUGUUUGUUCCUCUCUCGUGGUUCAAACAGUAACAUGGUGGUCAGGAAACAGUUUACAAAGGUACAACAGGAUCUGGGGAUUCAUACUAGGGAAGAUUCUUCUACUGGUGCUCCGAAUCUGGUAUACUUCACUAAACCCAAUCUGGAGCUGUCAGACUGCCAACACCGUCAUAUUGAUGUUGGGUUUCAUAGCAGCUGUGGAGCGAAUUUACGCAGACACAGAUAGUAUGAAGCAAGAAGCAAACAAGACUGGUGAUGCAGCAAAAGAAACCAUUCCUAGAUCUAACUGGCUUUUGUCAGGAGCGGCUUUUGGCAGUCUGAUGUUCCUCACAUUAUGGAUUUUUGGAGAGGUCUCACUCGUUUCUAGGUGGGCUGUGAGUGGACAUCCAUACCCUGGGCCAGAUCCUAAUCCAUAUGGAGGUGCAGUUCUGUUGGGACUGGCCCAUGGAGUGAUGCUUUCCUUUUUGUCUUUGUCUUCUAUCACCAGUUUUGUUUGGUGUCUUACAGGCAUGGCAUCUGCAGCUGGUCUCCUUUACUUAAAGACCUGGGGUGCAGCUAUAGCAGGCAACAUUCUUGCUGUCUUUACCAUGUGUAUGUGGCCUCGACUGACUGGACGUUUUGUUAGCUGUCUGCAUCCUGGAAAAACCAUGAGUACAGCCAUGUUUGUCUAUGUCCUAGAGAUAUUCUUUUGUGUGUGGUGCACAGCUUAUAAAUUUGUACCAGGAGGAAUUUAUGCUAGAGAGAGCUCCCACCUUCUUUUAGGAGUUGUCAUGUUGUUUGUUGGGCUAGAUGAACUUAUUGGCUCCAGGAAGAACCUUAAUUGUAUAUUUCAAGUUAAAAGUAGCCAUAAGCCACUAUUCAAACAAAGUGAAAAAUAUAUCAAACUAUUCUUAUGGCUGUUUGUUGGUGUGGGUUUGCUAGGAUUAGGACUGCGAUAUAAAGCUUAUGAGAAGAAAUUAGGCCAAGGGCCUUCAACAAGAGACUUCUCUGCUGCAAUCUGGCCUUUCAGGUUUGGAUAUGACAAUGAUGGGUGGCCAAACCUGGAAGGUUCAGCAAUUCUGCUUAAACAUACAGGUGCAGAUUUUAUUACCAUUCUGGAGAGUGAUGCCUCUAAACCAUUCAUUGGGAACAUUGAUCCAACCAUGUGGUUAGGAGAAAAACUGGGUUUUUACACCGAUUUUGGUCCAAGCGCAAGGGAUCACACGUGGGGGAUUAUGGCUCUAUCAAGAUACCCAAUUGUGAAAUCCAGCCAUCACCUUCUCCCAUCCCCUGAGGGAGAGAUUGCACCAGCCAUCUCCAUGACAGUCAACUUUACUGGAAAACUGGUGGAUUUUGUUGUUGCUCACUUUGGAAAUGAAGAAGAUGACUUGGACAGGAAGCUCCAGGCUAUUACUGUUUCAAACCUGUUGAAGAAUAGCUCUCGACAGCUUGUAUUUCUAGGAUAUAUCACUUCAGCUCCUGGAUCCAGAGAUUACAUAGAACUAAUUGAAAAUGGCAAUGUUAAGGAUAUUGACAGUACGGAUAAUGACAGGUGGUGUGAUUAUAUCAUGUAUCGUGGACUAAUAAGGUUGGGUUAUGCCCGCAUUUCUCAUGCUGGCCUGAGUGAUUCAGAAGUUCAGAUGGCCAAAUUUAGGAUCCCAGAUGACUUGGAUAAUUAUGUUGACAAUGACAAAAUCAUCAUUGACCCCAGCCAAGUUCCUGAGGACAUCCAUUUCAACCCAAGGUUUGGAUCCUACAAAGAUGGACAUAACUUCCAACAUAUUCAUCAUUUUCAUAUGAGUACUCCCAAGUAUUUUAAACAGACUAGAAUGAGGAAAUAACACAUCAAUGUGACCAGAAAGCGAGGUCUGUAGAUUUAAAUCAAACUGCCAGCCAACCAAACCUACACUUUUUAGAGACUGAGCAUCUUCCA